AUGGCUCUUUGCCAAGGCAAGAAGAUCGAGGAAGCAUCCAUAGACCAGCUCCAGAGCUACCUCUCCAACGGUGAUAUCACCUCCCAACAGCUCGCAAUCUGCUACAUCCAACGCAUCUGGCAGACCGAUGACUACAUCAACGCCGUUCUGGAACUAAACCCAGACUUCCUCGAGAUCGCUGCUGCCUGGGCACUGCAAGGCUCGAUUGUCCCUCGAGAUGCUCAUGUAGUGCACAGACUGCGCGAAGCGGGCGCUCUUCUGCUCGGCAAGGCGACACUCAGCGAGUGGGCGGAUAUGCGCUCCAACAACUACUCGGAAGGGUACUCCGCUCGUGGGGGACAGUGUCGAUCUGCAUACAACCUGACAGUCAACCCAGGAGGGAGCAGCAGUGGUUCGGCGGUUGGAGUGGCCGCGAAUGUGUUUCCAUUUGCUCUUGGAACCGAGACUGAUGGCAGCAUCAUCAAUCCUGCCGAGCGGAAUGCCAUUGUCGGACUGAAGCCGACUGUUGGCUUGACGUCCAGGGCGGGAGUGAUACCAGAGUCUCUCAACCAGGAUACGGUCGGUGUGCUUGCGAAGAGCGUUCGAGAUGCUGUUUACGUUCUCGAUGCCAUUUAUGGCCCUGAUGAGAGAGACAACGAGACAUCAGCACAGAUCAAUCAUACGCCAACCGGAGGAUAUACGCAUUUCUUGGCCAAUAGUAAGGCGUUGAGGAAUGCUUCGUUCGGCAUCCCAUGGGAGAGCUUUUGGCGCUUCGCCAGUGCAGAGCAGCUGACCACACUGACUGCCAUGGUGAAUCUUAUUGACGAAGCGGGAGCUACCAUUGUCAAUAACACAGAGUUGCUUGAUCAUGAGACGACAGUCUCUCAGAACGGCUGGAACUGGGACUACGGUAACGAGUACACUUACAUUAAAAGCGACUUCUAUCGCAACAUCAACUCCUACCUCGCUGAGCUGAACGACACCAACGUUCGUUCGCUGGAAGACAUUGUUGCAUACAACUAUGCCAACGAUGGCACAGAAGGCGGCUAUCCGUGGCCACUCGGGACUCCAGCAUUUUACUCCGGUCAAGAUGGUCUCCUGGCCAGCCUAGAGACCAAGGGCGUCCAAGAUGAGACGUACUGGCAGGCCUUGAACUUCUGCCGUGCGAGCACUCGUGAGCGCGGCAUCGACCAUGCCUUGGCUCAAGGGCCGAAUGGCACAAAGCUCGAUGCACUGUUGGUCCCGCCUGAUGUUGGCCAGUCCUAUCAAAUCGCCGCUCAAGCUGGAUAUCCGGUCAUCACGAUUCCGGCAGGCGUGAAUGCUGGGAGUGAGAUGCCAUACGGGUUCGCGUUGAUACAAUCUGCGUGGCGGGAGGACGCUCUUGUGAAAUGGGCAUCUGCGAUCGAGGACCUGAUGAAGGAGACGGCGUAUGAACGUACGUUGCCGAGGUGGCUUGGCUACUUGCAGCGGAACAUAUUUGUCAUUAACGCUUGA